AGCGCCGAUAGCAGGAGCUUACUACUGCUGCUGAGCAUGAGAGAAUCUCCCUCUGACUUGGGAAUUGGAGAAGCAGUGAUCAAUCUUACCUAGUUCAAACUGUGAGCGUGUGGGAUUUUUCACCAGUUUCAACAAGCUGUGCUGCCUCAGUGUCUCUGAACAUCUUUUACCACUUCACUUUACAAACACAGACGUGCCCUGCAGAGGAAACAGGGGGCAUCACUCUCUGGAUAAGAAAUGGAUUUGGAUCGUGGAUUCUAUCGGCAGGUGGAUGUCAAGGACCAAGCUCAUUACAUUGUUGCCUUCUUUGUCUUGGUGAUUGGGACAGUGGGCGUUACUGGGAAUGCCUUGGUCAUGUACGCCUUUUUCUGUAACAAGAAUCUACGGACGCCCCCCAACUUUUUCAUCAUGAAUCUGGCAGUCAGUGACUUCCUCAUGGCAACUACACAGUCACCCAUCUUCUUUGUCAACUCACUUUACAAAGGGUGGAUUUUUGGUGAAACAGGAUGUAAAAUGUACGCCUUCUGCGGAGCUUUAUUUGGAAUCACCUCCAUGAUAAACCUUCUAGCAAUCUCUAUAGACCGCUAUAUUGUCAUAACCAAGCCACUACAGUCCAUACGAUGGACCUCAAGGAGACGCACUUGCCUCUUUAUUGCCCUGGUGUGGUUAUACUCAUUAGCUUGGAGCCUCGCGCCACUUUUGGGGUGGAGUUCGUAUAUUCCCGAGGGCCUGAUGACCUCAUGCACUUGGGACUACGUGACAUCUACUCCAGCCAAUAAAAGUUAUACUUUGAUGUUAUGCUGCUUUGUAUUCUUCAUCCCUCUGGGAAUUAUAUCUUACUGUUAUCUGUCCAUGUUCCUGGCAAUCCGCCAAGCAAGCAGAGAUGUGGAGAAGUUGGGGUCUCAGGUGAGGAAGUCAACCCUGAUCCAGCAGCAGUCCAUCAAGACUGAAUGGAAGCUGGCCAAGAUUGCCUUUGUGGUCAUCAUAGUGUUUGUGCUUUCCUGGUCGCCCUAUGCAUGUGUCACCCUCAUCGCCUGGGCUGGAUAUGGACACAUCCUCAAUCCCUACUCCAAAGCUGUCCCUGCUGUUAUUGCCAAGGCAUCGGCCAUCUACAACCCCUUUAUCUAUGCCAUCAUUCAUGCCAAAUACAGGGACACCCUUGCAGAAAAAGUUCCCUGUCUACACUUCUUAGACCAGUCCUCCAGGAGGGACUGCAUAUCAGUGUCACAGAGCGAGUCCUCUUUCAGGGACUCAAUGCUGAGCAGACAGUCAUCAGUCUCCAAAACCAAAUUUCACAGAGUUUCCUCCAUGUCAACGACGGACACACAGGUUUGGAGUGAUGUGGAGCUGGACCCUAUCGACCAGAGCCAUUGUUUGAGGUCAAGCUGUUCUCUUGGUGCUCUGGGGAACAAAGAGUACAAGUCAUUGGCAAAACUGACCAAUCAAAAAGGAAGCCAAAGCCAGGAACAAGUAAGUUCCUGACUUCAAUCCCAGAGAGAGGCCCGCUGAACAGAUGCUACCACAACCUAUCACCUGAAUCCGUCAACGUGGUAAUUCCCUCAGCCCAGGGGAGGAAAAGGGAGGAAAGCCAUGAGAGCUGGGGGAAUAAAAGGAAC